AUGUCUGGUCCUUACGAUCAAUACAACAACAACAACAACCAGUACGGCUACGGCCAAGGCCAGCAGGGAGGCUACUCCCAAGGCGGCUACGGACAGUCCCAGGGCUACGACCAGGGCUACAACCAGCAAUACGGCCAGCAGCAGGGCGAGCGCUACGGUCAGCACGGUCAGCACGGUCAGCCCGGCGGCUCCGGCGAUUACUACGGCAGCAACAACAACCAGCAGCGCGAUUACAACGAUCAGUACGGUCAGCCCCAGGGCCAAAACCACUACGGCCAGCAGGACCACCAGUACGGCCAGCAGCAGCACGGACAGGGAUCAUACGGACAGUCUGGAUACAAUGACCAGAGCGGCCCCGGUGGAGCCCAGGAGGGCGAGCGCGGAAUCGGCGGCGCCAUUGCCGGUGGUCUGGCCGGUGGUUUCGCGGGCCACAAGGCCGACCACGGAAUCCUGGGCACGAUCGGCGGCGCCAUCAUGGGAUCCGUCCUCGAGGAUGCCGUCAAGAAGCACAAGAACAAGGACGAGGGUCAAUCCGGCUACGGUAGCAACUACGGCGGCUCCCAAUACGGUAACCAGGGCCCUGGUUCCUCGUCCGGUGGUGGCUUGAUGGACAACCUGGGUAGCUUUUUCAAGAAAUAG